UAGACAGACACACAUAAUCCACAGAUCAUAAACUAGCUAGAUAGUCUCUAUAUAUCGUUUAACUAGAGUGAAGAGCAGCAAUUUAUCUUACAAGCUCUUACAAGCCGCUGGACCAAAACAAAAUGUUAUUUCAAAUUGUGAUUUAAUAAAACAAAAAUCCAAAAAAAAAAAACAAAAAAAGGAAAAAACAACUUACAAAAUAGACAACUCCAAAAAUAUUAACGUCAAUAAGAAAAACUUUGAAAAAAUCCUGGCAAAAAUUGAGAAGAGAACCCAAAAUAAAUACAACUAUUGAAAGUGAAUUGAAAUUCACGCAUUAUGUCACCAAAGGACGGCAGCUUGGAUUUAACUACCAAGCAAAAUAAUAAAUUCACAUCAACCAUUAAUCAUGCGUCACGCCCACCAACAACAGCCAACGUCACGCCCACCGCCAAUGCGUCCUUGCCGGAGAAAACCGAUCCCGAUAUGAUGAAAAAGAACUCCUCGACCGCUUCAGCGGUUACUCCGCCAACUGGAAAACGCACCUGGCGGGAGAAACUGCGUUUGGUGGCCAACAAUAUCACUGUCGAGCCCAUUCUGGCUGCCUACAUAAUGCCCAGUGUCCUAUCCAAUUUGGCAACACAGAAUCUCAAUCUAGAAAAGGCCUGUCGUGUCAAUAUGAACUACGGAGAUGUGGUUUGUGAUGCUCUCACACGUCGCCAAACAGCCAACUAUACGAUGGAAGAGGAAACUGUUCAGCAAAUGGUGGCACGUAUGGCUGCAUGGAAGACAGUGAUACAAUCUAUGUUUCCCUGCCUAUUGAUCCUAUUUUGGGGCUCAUGGAGUGAUCGUCAUCGUAGGCGCAAACCCUGCAUUCUUAUACCAGUUGUGGGUGAAUUUCUGGGCGUGGUUGGUCUAAUGUUAUGCGUUUAUUUCGAGAAUGCUCCAAUGGAGGCGGCGGCCUUAACUGAGGCAAUAUUUCCAUCGUUAAGCGGCGGUUGGUUCACCAUGCUAAUGGGUGUCUUUAGCUAUAUAGCAGAUAUAACCACCGAAGAGGAACGUACCCUUAGAAUUGGUAUACUCAAUGUUUGCUUUUCUGUGGGUGUACCCAUUGGCAUGGCAUUUAGUGGAGUCCUGCUCAAGCAAAUUGGUUUCUAUGGUGUUUUCUCAAUAUCGGCCGCCUUCUAUGUACUUGCCUUUGUGUAUGGUUUCUUUUUCCUAGAGGAACCAGUGGCACGUCCCGAGAAAAGUGAAAUACCACAAAAGAGUCUGCUGGCCGAUUUCUUUGACAAAGAGCAUGUGGUGCAGACAUUCCGUGUGGCCUUCCAGAAGGGCGAGAAUCAACGUCGCAAACGUGUCAUACUCCUGAUGAUUGUCGUCAUGGUGAUCAUUGGACCAUUACACGGUGAAAUGGCCGUAUCGUAUCUGUUCACACGCUUCCGUUUCAAUUGGUCUGAAGUGGAGUUCAGUUUCUUUUCCACAUAUGCCAUGUUCACGGGCCUGAUUGGUGUGAUCUUCUGUGUGGGUGUACUCUCCCAUAAAUUGAAUAUCGAUGAUGCUCUAGUUGGUGUCCUAUCGAGCACAUCGAAAAUUCUCUCAUCGUUUGUCUAUGCCUUUGCCACAUUGCCGUGGCACAUGUAUCUGGGUGGCCUGGUGGAGAUAUUCAAUGGCACGGCAUUCAUAGCGAUGCGUUCGAUAGCCACCAAGCUGGUAUCGAAGGAUGAAUUGGGCAAAGUGAAUUCAUUAUUCGGUGUGGCUGAAGCUCUCAUGCCCAUGGUAUUUGCACCCAUGUACACGACAUUGUAUGCGGCAACAUUGAGAGUAUUGCCGGGUGCCUUCUUUUUGCUUGGUGGAGGUCUUACAACAUUUUCGGUGGUUAUUUUCUUAUGGAUGUACCGUUUCCAGUUGAAACAGCGUCGCCGUAAAUUGGCCCGUCCAGAUGCUGAGGAAAAUGCCUGCAAUGCUGUCAAGGAUCCCAAUGGCAAUAUCAAUGCCAUUGAGGCUUUAGCCUUGGCCAGUGAGGCAAAGGGUCAGUUGAAUGGCAUCAUUUCCAAUGUGAUACAUGAGUCUUUGGUGGAGCAUACGCCACCAGUUGCCAAUGGCAUUGAUAAUCGCGGCUAUGUUCAGGAUAAUCCAGAAAAGACAACAUCAACAACAACAGCGACGACGACGUCAACAACGGCGUCGACUAAGGAUUCUUAGACUCCUUAUAUAGUCCAAGUUGGCUGUUAAAUAUGUGAAUUAUCCUGUACCUUUAUUUGGGAGGGGCAAACAAAUUUCAUUUUUAGUUCUGAACUGAAUUUUGACCUUUUGUUGGUUUGAAAGUCCGCUUCCUCCCCCCUCCCAAACCUUAUCCUAUGUGUACAUUAUUUUAUUGUAUUGUAUUUUUUUUUUUUUUUGUAUUAUUUUAGCCUUAAGUUGCUAUAUACAUAUAUAUAUAAACCGAUUUUCCCUUAUUAAUUGUUUGUACUCUUUUUUUGUUUGUUUUUUUUUUCUUUUGUUUUCUAAAUUAAUUUUUUUGUUAAAUAUGCUUACACUUAAGACCACUUUAAAAGUAUUGAAUAAAUUUAAUAACGUCCA